GUGAGAAGGAAGGCGUGAGAAGCAAGAAGAGUCAUAGUAGACCAGUAGUACAGACUACAGAGUGUGGCACACGAAAAUGAAGAGUAUGUAAUAGUACAUAAGAGAAUAUGCUAUUAGAAAUAAAGAUCCAAGAGAAGAUGGAAGAAGAUGAAUACAUGUUAUUAGAAAGCAUGGCGGGGUGUUUUGGUUUUCUAGUUUUGUAUAUCUUGGUAAAACUUGUGCAUAGCAUAUGGUGGAAACCAACAAGUACAGAGAAGUUAUUGAAGAAGCAAGGGAUUAAAGGGACUUGUUACAAACCUUUUAAGGGUGACAUCCCAGAAAUGAAUAAGUGUGCUCGCGAAGCAGCAUCAAAGCCUAUCAAUCUCAACCACCAAAUCGUCCCACGAGUCUUCCCUUUCGUUCACAAAAUGGUUCGAAAAUACGGAGAAGUUUCAGUAUGCUGGUUUGGAAGAAAAGCAAGAGUGAUAAUAGUGGACGCAGAACUUACCCGUUUGAUCUUAUCAAACAAGAACGGUCAGCUUAUUAAGCCGCCGCGUGACCCCUUAAUUAAGCUCCUAACCAUGGGUUUGACUUCCCUCGAGGGAGAAAAAUGGUCUCAACGCAGAAAAGCCGUUACAUCUGCAUUUCUCCUCGACAAGUUGAAGGCAAUGCUUCCGGCAUUUUCGUACAGUUGUUGUACCAUGAUUGAACGGUGGCAAAAAUUCGUGGAACAAAACAAUGGAUCCUCUGAGUUGGAUGUCACUUCUGAAUUGGACAUUCUCACGGGUGAUGUUAUUGCUCGAGCAGCCUUCGGUAGCAGCUACAAAGAAGGAAAGAGAAUCUUCGACAUACAAAAGGAGAUUGCAAUCUUGGUGCAUGAUGCCCUCACCAACAUCUACAUCCCUGGUUUCAGAUUUAUACCAACAAAGAAGAACAAGAAACGAUACAAGUUAGAUGUUCAAAUCAAAGAUAUAUUGAUGGAUAUGAUUAAGAAGAAAGAGCACGCAAUGAAAGAAGAUGAAUCAGAAGGGCGGAGUAGUAAUGAUUUAAUAAGCAUUCUACUGGAAUCAAGAGAAGUAGGAAAGUCUCUAACAACCAAGGACGUGAUUGAGGAAUGCAAGUUGUUCUACUUUGCUGGCCAAGUCACCACAAAGAACCUGCUUGCGUGGACCAUGGUAGUUUUAUCUAUACACCCUGAUUGGCAAGAAAAAGCAAGACAAGAGGUAUUAGAUCUUUUCGGCAAAGAACAAAUACCUCCCGAUUUUGAAGCCAUAAACCGCCUCAAGAUAGUGUCGAUGAUAUUGUUGGAAGUUUUGCGACUAUAUCCACCUGUACCAGUAAUUUCUCGGUACACAACGUGUGAAACGACGGUAGGAAGCAUGGCAAUUCCAGCAGGGGUGGAGCUAUAUUUACCAUUGUUGCUUCUCCAUCAUGAUGGGAGAUAUUGGGAGAAUCCACAAGAGUUCAACCCAGAGAGGUUUAGCCAAGGGAUUUCAAAAGCUUCUAAGGAUCAAAAUGCUUUCUAUCCAUUCGGUUGGGGCCCAAGAAUCUGCCCUGGCCAAAAUUUUGCCCACUUGGAAUCAAAGAUGGCUCUGGCUAUGAUUCUUCAACAUUUCUCACUCCAUCUUUCGCCUUCUUAUUCUCAUGCUCCAUGUGCCCGUCUUACUCUUACGCCACAGUAUGGGGCUCCCGUUAUUGUUCAAUGCAUUUCAAUUUAGUAAUGUAGUUUAUGUGAAUUUUUCAAUCUCUUCUUUCUUUCUCUUGUGCUUACUCUCUAAUUCUAAUAUGUUAUAAAUAAAAAUACUUGUGUCUUUAGUUAAUUUUCA